AUGAGCACGAGUCACAGUACAGUGUUUGCAAAAAGGCACAAGAGUCAUCCACCAUCCUGUGGUUUGAAGGUCUCUCUGGACAAAUCCAACAGGAACCUGUUUGCCUUGAUGCAUCUGUCAGCCUCCAUUAUGCAGCACUUCCUUUUCCUCAUGGCGGCGGUCAGCCUGAUGCCAGCAGCUGAGUCUGAACAGAUAAAUGGGUCCUGCCCCAUCAACUACUACGGAAAGAAUUACACCCAAUUCAACGUGACUUUUGCCAACAACGUUUCUACAAUGUGCUUUGGCACAGUGGAGGGAUCUGACUGCAUGAUCUUAACAUCUGCAACCAAUGUAACCGGUGUUUUUGUGACUACUACAUUUACCGACACGGCGUCUAUCGCAGCGCUGCCAGAUCUUGUUGGGACAUCACCAUGCUUUGUUGCCGUAACCUUUGGUUGGUUUGAUAUCACCUUCACAUUCCACACAUUCAUAAAGCAAGGAGUGGUUUUAAUUAGUCAAUUUGAUGGGAACCUGACGACCGUGGUAGAGGGACUGCCGGUGGACACCUGGCAGUUGAACAACACUGCCAGAGCCGAAUAUCUGAGCGGCUGCAGAUCCAUGAGUGAACUAUUUCUACCGAACACAACAACUUUCCAAGUCGGUGUAGGACUGGUGAAUUGCAACUCGACGGCUUUCCUCACGAUUUCUGAGAUAAGGGAUGACAGCGUGUGCACCGUAACCGGCUCCACCGUCAUCGAUUUCUCUGGAAAUUCCACGCUAGUGGACGACCGCUGUGCUUACACGUUGUACUCCAACUCAAGCAUCCAUGUGGUGGGCGUUUUCAAGGAACGCCGUCGUAAAGACGUUGUGUUUUUGGACCGCGUCGUUAUCGAACUGCUGGACUCGGACUCUGUUUUUCAAUUGGGACCAGGUGUGAAAGUUCUGGUGAACAACACUAAUGUGAACAUUAGCAGUGUGUCUGAAGAACAUGACGGGUUGGAGAUCCACCAGGACCAGACUGGAGUCACAGCCACCAUAUAUAAGACAGACUACAACAUCACUGUUUUCUUUAACGGAGACACUGCUCAAAUUCUCCUGAGACCUCCAUGGCUGUUGGCAGAAAAUCUGGACAGUCUCUGUGUCAACUCCAGUUCAACUAUAAGUGACGUGAAGUCAUCCGAUUUCAGCGACCAGGGCUGUGAGACGCAGUACAGCGAGCCAGCUGACGAGUCCAUCAACUGCACCACAGUGACUGAACACUGUCAGGUCCUCAAUGGCUCUGACUUCGCUGACUGUCACACCGUUGUCGACUCAGGGCCGUACAUCGCAGCCUGCAACCAAACGUUGUGUCAUUAUCCAGAUGUGGACGGCCUCAGGUGUGAAUUUCUGGAGGCGUACGCCCACGCCUGCAGCCUGAAACUGGACCACAUGUUGGACGACUGGAGAACGGAUGCCAAUUGCCCUGCCCCUGAGGCCUUCUGCAAUGACACACACUGUGUUGAUCACGAGUUCUGUGCUGACGGCAUCAACGGUCAAAUCAACUGCUUCUGUCGAGCCAUUUUUGCCUCCGACCACAGGUCCAACGACACCUUAGGCGAUCCGGCGGUCUGCAUAGACAACACUGCUUCAAUCACUCUGGUUGGUUGUCUCCUGGAGGAAAAAGGCUUCAGAUACACGGACUUGCACCUCAAUGACGACUCUUGUGGAGGUCACAGGGACAUGCACCACAUGGUGACCUUCAACUUCAGUGACAGCAACGCCUGUGGGACUGUGGUCACGGCCAACGACAGUGUGGUUGUGUACAAGAACACUGUCACUGGAUUGAACACCUCUGAAAUUGUUGCCAACUUUGACAAAUUCCAUGUGAACUUUUCCUGCUACCACAACCAGCCGGAUGUCCAGAGUAUUCGCUUUAGAUUCAAAGACAACUCUGUCUUCCAGCAAGUCGAAUCGGAAUCUUGGAAUUACACUCUUAAGAUGGCAGCCUAUAAGGAUGCUCUACGCACACAACCUGUGAUGUCAGAAACUGAUAUUCAGUUGAAUCAGAGGGUCUGGGUAGAGCUGAUGACGGAAGGUCUGGAUGACAACCUGGUCUUCUUGGUGACCAACUCCUGCUGGGCCACGAGCGGCUCAUCGCCUUACGGGGGACUGCGAUACGACCUGAUCUCUGACGGGUGA